AUGGCGAAGCACAAACCAAACCCGUUAUCCACGUCUAUGCUUCUCCUAUAUCCGAUUCUACUUGUCGCAUUCAUGAACAGUGCCGCUAAUGGAUUUGAUGGGAACACGUUCGGGGGCGUGUCUGCAAUUGCCGACUUCCAGGCUCGGUUUGGUACAAACGUGGCCGCGAGCGACGGAUUUCUUGCCGCUAUCUACAUUCUAGGCAACGUCAUUGGAUCAUUUGUCGCUGGCCCUGCAGCUGACUGGCUGGGCCGUAAGAGAGGUAUGAUCCUCGCCAAUAUCAUCGUCCUCAUCGGCACCAUCGUUCAGGCGGCCGCCAUGCAACGGAGAGACAUGAUUGCAGGACGUGUCGUGCUCGGCAUCGGAUCUGUUAUGCUUGGACCAUCCGCAACCUCUUAUGUUGUUGAAAUGUCCUACCCAGCAUAUCGUGGCACAAUUGUUGGUCUAUACAAUGGCUGCUACUUCAUCGGCGCUAUCGUUUCAACAUGGCUCGAAUAUGGUCUUGUCGACGAUACCAAAGGAGAAAUCAACUGGCGCAUCCCGAUGGCUAUGCAGGGCAUUCCCUGUAUCAUCGUUCUUGCCUUCGUCUGGUUCCUUCCUGAAUCCCCUCGAUGGCUGAUGGCUCGUGGGAGGGAAGAGGAAGCGAAACGUAUUCUAAUCAAGUAUCACGGCGAAGGGGACCCGGACAACGAGCUUGUGCAGCUAGAGAUGGAGGAGAUGCACGAGGCCAUUGAUACCGCCGGCUCUGAUACUCGCUGGUGGGACUACCGUGAGCUCUUCAACACUCGUGGAGCCCGUCACCGGAUGUUCCUUGUGCUUUGCGUCGGCUUCUUCGGACAGAUUGAUCUCCCUCCAACCAGCUAUUACAUGCCACUCAUGGCGCAGACCGCCGGAAUUGUCUCGACCAAACAGCAACUCCUCAUGAACGCCCUUCAGAGUCCAGUCAUGACGAUUGGCACGCUCCUCGGUGUACACACGAUCGAUAAAUACGGUCGACGACCCAUGCUCAUUGUUUCAUCGGCUGUUUGUUCGCUUUGCGUGCUGAUCAUUAUCAUUUGCAGCCUGAAGCAAGAAGGUCACCCGUCUGUCGGUCUUGCGGGCAUUUCGUUUGUUUAUGUGUUCUUGUUCGCAUUUGCGUUCGUUUGGACGCCAAUGCAAGCGCUUUAUCCGUCCGAAGUACUCGCGUACAAUGCUCGUGCCAAAGGUCUUGGCAUGUCUGGCCUUUGGAUCAACAUUGUCAGCUUCAUUAAUACCUAUGCUGCACCGGUGGGCAUCACAAAUUCUGGAUGGAAAUUCUACUUCUUGUACUUUGUGAUCGAUGUCGUCGGCAUCAUUACAAUUUAUUUCUUCUUCAUCGAGACGAAAGAUCGCAGUCUGGAGGAGAUCGACGAGAUAUUUGCCGACCCGCAUCCGGUUCGGACAUCUCUUCGCAAGCAGAAGAUCUCUGUUGCGAUAGAGAAGUCGUGA